AUGUCCGAAUCUCCGGUCGCUGACGAGCAGCCUCUGGCGACGGACGGCCAGGCAAGGCGAGCCAACAAAGGCGGCCGCAAGCCCUUGAGCUGCCUUGCAUGUCGCCGCCACAAGCUCAAGUGCGACCGCAGAGUGCCCUGCGGCACCUGCACUCGCUUUCGCCGCGAGAAGUUCUGCCGCCUGAAUCCGGCGCCGCCGAGGCCAGGCCGGCCAAGGGGCAGCGGCGACACGGCGGCUCAGGGCGAUGCCGCAUCGCCGGAGGGCGCCUACACCGUGGAUGCUUCGGUCCGAGAGCCCAUUGCAUGCGCUGAUGCCUCUGCCGGCGUGGGCCUCGCGCUCCGGAACAGUCAGCUGGCUGCUGCUGAGACCAGCGAUGUGCCCUCCUUCUUCCGGGCCCUCGGCUUAGACGCAAACACCACGUCCGUUCCCGUUUCUUCGCUUGCACAGCUCCUCGCCGAGAUUCAGCGCGCGAACCAGCCGUCCCUGCUCUGGAACAUGAUGGAGGGAGACGCCAACCGGCGGUACUGGGAGACGCAGCUGCGGUCUGCAUUGCCGUCGCGGUCCAUGUGCGACCUGAUGGUCAACUACUACCUCGAUCACAUCAACUGGAUCUUCCAGAUCACGCACGUGCCGUCGUUUCGGCGCCAGUAUGACGACUUUUGGGAUGCCAGGGACAGCCGGGAGAUGGACUUUAUGUUCACGGCACUCCUCUUCACCAUCAUCUCGGUCAGCGCCCUGUUUAUACCUCCUGUGACGGCUGAGAUAUUCGGAUGUCCGAAAGAGUCGGUCCGGGAUCUUGCACAUGUAUGGCACAAGGUCUCUCACCAAGCCUUGCGGGCUGGGGACUACGAGUCAAAGCCGUGCAUUGUGCAGCUCCAGACCUUUUCCAUUACGCAGUUUUACUGGUAUUCCACCAACAAAAUCGAUACACUGAACUCACGGUUGGGGCAGGCUGUGAGGACUGCUCAGACUCUCGGACUGGAUAAAGAUCUGAGUCCUUCUCAAACGCUGCAUGAUGAGAUGAGACACCGUAUAUGGUGGGAUCUCGUUGAUUCAGACACAUUCCAAUCCAUCUGCUUGGGCCGCCCUCCACUGAUUCGCUUAGAGACUCCGGGAGUCCCUCUACCACUCAACUGCAACGACGACGACAUCACCGAUACAUUCCUGCGGCCACGUCCCGAUAAUGAGCCGACUAUGAUGAUGCUGAAUAUCUUUAGAGCCCGAUUCUUUAAGCUGAUGAACAAUCAUAUUUGCUAUGGCGAUCCCAGCGGCAGCGACUCCUACGAGACCAUCUGCAAACUAGACGAAGAGGUCCUCAACAUUACAAGAUCUUACCCCUGGUUCUUCCAGCUCGAUCAAGAGGGCCGUCCACCUCCUCUGCCCCAUCCAAUGGGAGAGAUCAUCACCUGGCAAAACCACAUUAUCCGCACAUGCAUCAGUACCCAGCGCAUUCGCAUGUACCGCCCCUUCAUAUCGCAUCGCAUCGGCGACUCGUGGGCCAAAUGCACCGAAGCAGCCGAGGACGCCAUGGCCGUAUACAGAACCCUCCGACGGAACAAAUCCAGCACCUCGCUUCAAAAGUUCCUCCCGCAGGCAUACCAGGUGUUUUCCGUUGCCGUGACGGUCACGGCGCUUCUCCUGGUGGAAGGCUCGUUGCCCAUACCGAAUGUUUGGCAGCAGAUUAGGAACAUGGCGGACGAUCUCAAGAUACUGGAAGAUGAGGGCUGUGUAUCUCCUGUUGCGAGCCGCGGGAGACAGGUCUUGACAAGGAUGCUAAGCUUGGUAGAUAUGGGAAACAAUGGCGCUCCGGUACCCGAAGUGACGGAUGACCUGGUCGCUGAUAUAGGCUUCAUCUUUGGCGGAGAGGAAGCUGCUCAGACGUAUUUGCAGAGACUGGCAUCUCGGAAUCUACGGCAUAGCGGGCGUGACGCUUCGGUGCCGUCCACAGUGUCGGAACAGAAGACUACGCCGACGUCUAUGAGCAGCUCAGCGUAUUCACAUUCUGGGUUCCAGAAUCUAGCUGGUCAUCAUGGCGUGGUGGAUGCGUCCAUUGUAGAAUCGGCGGGGUAUAUGGUAGGACCGCCGCAGCAGCAGCAACACCAGCCUACGAAUGUGUACCAGAUGGAUCUCAUGAUGGAUGAUAUGGUGUUGCAGAAUAUGCUGAAUUUCGAUAUGACGGCGAUGAUGGCUGAUUCACGGUUUGAGUGA